GCAACCAGAUCUCUCUAAACCGUCACCCUCCUCUGAAUGACUGUGAGCUUGUGACACACACUGCAUGCCUGUACUUUGGGGUUCAUGUGUGUCUGCAGACUAACCAGAGAGAACAUGUGGCGCGUUUACAGUAGAUCUAUAGUCUACCCUGCGGAAGAAACUUACUCCUGACGAAGAAGGGAUUGAUUUCGGCUGAAAUGAGCAACCCAAAGGAUGCGCAGCAAACAGACGGAGGAACAUCUGCAGCACUAAAACUGUAAAACAGCUGUUCAUCCACUGAGGGCUGGUUCCGCUUGUCAGAUUUCGACCCCUCUGCAGAAUCCAAGCCGUCCCAGCCGAGCGCCAGCAGGGAUUUGGACCGGGGCAGGUGGCCAAGGAGCGGCUCCACACUGCGGACGGAGCGCGGUCAAAGGACAUGGCACCGUGUGGAGCUCAGAUAACCCGAUUCCUGGGGGCCCUGGUGUACUCAGAGGCUCCUGAUGGAGGCUGGGGUUGGGUGAUCUCUGUUGCCUUCUUUAUAGUGGAGACUUUCACAUAUGGUAUCAUCAAAAGCUUUGGGAUCUUCCUCCAGGACAUGAAGGAAGAGUUUGGGGAGACCAACAGUCGAGUGUCAUGGAUCGUCUCCAUCUGUGUGUUCACCAUGACCUUCAAUGGUCCUCUUUCCUCGGUGAUGACUAACCGAUUUGGCUUCCGCUUUGUUGUUAUGAUUGGAGGUUUACUUAUAUCCACUGGCACCAUCGCAACCAGCUUCACUAGUUCCCUCAAUCAAAUAUACAUUACCUAUGGAUUAGUUACAGGUCUAGGCUACUGUCUGACUUUCCUGCCCACUGUGACCAUCCUUGCAAAGUACUUCAGCCGCCGGCGCUCUCUGGUCACCGCUUUGGCUUCUACUGGGGAGUCCUUUGCAAUGUUUGCUCUGGCACCAGCUUUUUCUGCAUUAAGAGACAAAAUUGGCUGGCGACACACCAUGGCAGUGAUUGGAGCUCUGCAAAGCAUCAUCAUCAUCUGUGGUGCGCUGCUUCGGCCAAUCAUUAUUACACCCAGAGCCACCCAAAAUACGGAAAAUGAACAUUUUUCUCCAAAGGAGCUGGAAGCACUCAAGACUCAAGAGAAUAUAGACAGCUUGGUUCUGCAGAAUUCUGAGGUAGAGAAUAAUGAGUUAGGAUCUGUGAGCACCGGCAGUGACUCAGGGGUCCAGUCACUUAAAUACUCCUCACCAGAGGAGAACAUCUUACUGCACAAAGACGCAAAGUUUGAGACAGGUCUGAACUCUUUAGAAAAAAGUAAAGAUUCAGAAAAACAAGACAAAGAUGCAGAGAAAUCAGCGAACAAAGAAGAAACUAAACCAGGAGAUAUGAAACUUUCUGCAGCUACUUCUAAGCUCUUAGACUUUUCCAUCCUCAGAGAGUGCAGCUUUAUCCUCUAUUCACUGUUUGGACUGUUUGCCACUCUGGGCUUUUUCGCCCCCCCACUGUACGUCAUUGAGCUGAGUGUGAGCCGCGGCAUGGAGCGGGAGAAAGCUGCCUACAUGCUCUCCACCAUGGCUGUGGCUGAGAUCCUGGGCCGAUUCUCCAUCGGAUGGGUCCUGUCUUUGGUGGUGUUCAGGACAAGGAAGCUCCUGGUGCUCCUGGUUUGCGUGAUCAUGAUGACUGUGGAUUUGGUGGGAUUUACUUUGGUCACAGAGUUUUAUGGUCUGGCUGUGUGUUGUGGUGUGUAUGGAUUUUUCAUGGGAACGCUGGCAUGUACCCACAUCCCCAUGCUGGCAGAGAAUGAGGUAGUGGGUGUGGAGAGGAUGUCUUCUGCUGCUGGCGUCUAUGUGUUCAUCCAGAGCUUUGCUGGACUAGGUGGACCACCACUUGGAGGUGUGCUGGUGGACGUCACCCAGAACUAUGGAGCGGCCUUCUACUCCUGCGCAGUGGGCAUGGGACUGGGUGCUGUGUUCCUGGGAUUGGUUGGACCUGCUAAAAGAGGAUUACCCUGCAGAAAGACAGGCCUAAAACACUCUGCAAUUGAACAUGAAAUAAACCCUGGCUACAAGGAAGAGCGUGGAGAGCAGAAAGCAAACAAAAUAAGCCACAGUGCAUUCGGCUGCUCUGGCACAGAGGACAAAAAGCAGAUGAGUCAGGGAGAAGACACGAGAGAAGGGGAUGAGGUUACAGCUUGUUAUUGAGCUAAAAAACACACAAAUCAGAUAACAGAUCAAUACAUAGAGGUAUAGAGUCAAAGGUCAUGGCUGCAGUUACUUAUGUGACGGGCUCUCACUAACGUUUUAGAUCAAUGGAUGGAGUGGUGUCUUAAAUUUAAUGAACCGACCAGUAUUUUUUACAAGUUCUUUUGCCAAACAGGAAAAUGAAUGUUUUUGUUUUUUUUAUCUAAGUUAUGUGGUAGAGUGAAUGAACAGUUACAUGAGAUUUCAUGCAAGGUCGUGUAGUAAAACAGCCAGGGUUGCAGGAGAAGUUACUGUAGUUUCUGAUAACAAUAAGAGGUCUAACACUGAGGCCGUUUACAUCACCUGUUGAUCAGUCUAAUUAACGCUGGAAAAUACUGCAAAUGCUGCAAACAAAACCUGCUGCACAAAUUUUGUUUCACUUAAUAGAGAAAAUAAAUCAUAACCUCAGGAGAAUGUGUAAAAAAAAAAAGCAAUUUUCAAUCAAAAAGUCAAACAAUGGUGUUUAAUCAGAAGUUAGUAAAUGACUGUGAUUUGUAACAGAAAUGUGUUUCUACUUAAUAAAGCUGUGAGGUCAUCCUUGAUUAGUUCUUAAUUAUGUCUUUAUUUUUUUAUGAAGCAGUGGCUCACACAUUCAUCACAGCAUCUAUGGAAGAGUCUGCGUUGUCAUGGAAACCCACCCAUCCAUGUCAGAUGACCUGUUAAUGUUAGACUAAGAAAAAAAACGCGUCUGAUUAAUAUUUAUAUUUCAGUUUACAAUUAAAAUGAAAUAUAGGCUUUCAGGUUUUAAAAGGAAUUGAUAUAUAUUACAUUUCAUUAAAAACUCUUUAACAGGAUAAAGGCAUCAAUAACUGGCGAACCUUUAGUGAAUAUUUAGGGAAUUAUUUUUCGUCUUCUGUAAUUUCUGUAGAAGUCGAGAUUUUACCAAAUUUUUUUUGAGGUCCUUUUUGUUUUUGCUCCAGUGUCCCUUUAUUUAUGGGGUUCCUCAUUUCUUCGCUUAUCAGUUGUCUGUUGGUUUUUUAAAUCAAUGCUGUCCACAGGCUUUUUUACUUUUAUUUAAUGCAUCUGCUGUUACUAGAACUCGUAGACUAAAGUCUGUCCUUUGCAAUACAAGAAAAAAAUGAUAAUUUACUGAAUAAUUUCUUAUAACAAGCAGCACUUCUGACUUGUUUUUUUCUUAGUGUCUGCUCCAAAUGAAAAACAACAAGAUUCCACUGCAUAUGUUGGUUUACGCAUUUUAAAAAAUCAUAGUUACAACCUUUUAAUCAAACUAUACAUCUUUCAGAAAUAAUACAUAACAUGUAGAGUGGUUCAGCAUAAAAGUGCCUUAUUUUACAGAUAAAAUAGAGCAUGCAUUUUUUGAUGGUCAUAAAAUGUAUAAUAAUUUACCUCUGGUUACGAUGCCAUUAAAUAAUUCCGCACCAAUAGGAAUAGUAGGAAGAAGUCACUUGAGAAGUUGCCAGAUCCUAGUAGCUUCAUGGUGAAAUGAAAAAAAUUUCUCAGAUUUAAGCCAAAAAUGAAAAAGAGGCAGAACUGUGAGAUAAUUGGUCAAUCUUUUCUGAGUUGGUGCUUAUUUAGGGAACAAAGGGCUCAGAACGCACGAGGAUGCCACUCUAGUUCUGAACUGGCAUGUGAAAUGUUUGGCUUGCUUAGCUUGAGCAUCAGUGAACCUGGAAACUGGCUUCCAAAAAGUAGAGAACGAUAGUGGGUGAGUGCGCCCCUUAUUGGCUGGGAGGACUUAAACUUGUAGCUAUACACUUUGCCUUCCUUUCAAAUAAGGAUUCGGAUUUGUUUGAAGAGAAAA